AUGACAGCCGCGCUUAUCGAAAUCAUCAUUCGCGAUGAACAGUCGCACCGUCUCAUGUCACAUAAAGAACUACGACUUGCUUAUGCUAUGGCCAUGGUCCGAUUUGUCAACGGCCUUGUCGAUCGAGAACAAAAAGGCCGUUUUGCCAAGUCGGUCAAUACGUUGGCUCGCCAUUUAGGCCUUCCUUCGUGGUUUGUUGAUUUACGUCAUGCCAGCACACACGAACAUUUGCCGAGUCUUACUGUUUUGCGUCAAGGGGCUCUUCAAGCCGUCAGUUGGCUUCACGACCAUUAUUGGAUGCGUAACAUCAAAAAUGCAGAGCAAAAGGAGAUGAUGCGUCAGAAUCCCGAGAUAAAAGUCAAACUGAAUCAAUACAAAGAAUCCAGAAAAACUUAUUUGAAAGACAAAUAUACCGGCAAAAACGCUGAUCCCAAUGCCUACGUGGCGUGCAUUCAAGGAUUGAUAGAAUUGAUGAUGCAAAAUGAUGAAAAUGAAGUGAUUCAGCUGGAUAUUUUACCAUUGUUAUUAGGUGUGGGGGGAUUAGUCCCCGUUGGAAAGAAAAAGCGCGCAUCAGCAGAGGAUAUGACGGUUUCAAGGGGUUUGGUUGAAUUGUGGUCACCGUUGCUGCAAGGUUUAGAUGAUGGGUUUCCUCAAUUCGCUGAACAAUUGAUGCUGGCCAUGAUUUCUAAAUUAGAUACACAUACAGAAUUUGAACUGAAUGAAUCUCUACUAGACCCCUAUUCAAUCUAUGUAAGUUUCUUUUUCGGCAAGAAUCAGUAG